CAUUUUUGCUGGCUCCAGAGCUUUGGCCACCUAUAAAACUAAGCAAUGAAAAGUAAUGAAACCCUCAAAGAGGAGGAGUAUGUGGGGAGCACUGAGGAAGGAGCAACUUGUGACCAAACUAUAUUGCCAGUGAUGGAGAACUUCGAAAUUGAUACUAACUGCUACUCUCCAGUGAAAGAACUUCCUGAUUUGAAGCCCAGGAAGAAAAAUGGGAUGAAUGUCAUCAUGGUUAUCAUGAUCAUCUACUUGAUUCUGCUCACAGCAGCUGCUGUGCUGCUGGAGUUCCAAGUUCAGCAACUGCAGGAGCGGCUCCAGAUGCUGGAGAUGUACAACUUCUCCAAUGAAACGCUUGCUGCCAAGGAAACCUCACGCUCCUCCUUGCUGUGGUGGACACGCCCAAUACAUGCGGCUCAGAGCACAUCAAAGCUGCAAGACCUACACGCCCAGCUCACAGAAGUCCAAGUCAGACAGGAGAGCCUGUGCCAACAGGUGGAGAACUUCACUCGAAAUGCAGAGUUGCACAGGAUCAAAGGUGAACGAGGUGCCCCAGGUCCGAAGGGCGCCCAGGGACUUCCAGGCGAAAAGGGAGCCAAGGGGGCCAUAGGACCGGCUGGAAGCCCAGGUCUCCCUGGACUCCAAGGCCCACCAGGCAGCAAGGGAGAUCCUGGCCUCCAAGGACCGAAGGGCGCACCAGGGAAGCAAGGAGCUGCUGGUAAAACAGGACCUCAAGGGGAGAAAGGCAGCAAAGGCGAUGGAGGUCUCAUUGGCCCCAAAGGGGAAACUGGUGCCAAGGGAGAUAAAGGGGACGUGGGCCACCCAGGGAGCAAAGGGAACAUGGGCAUGAAAGGAGACACAGGAGUCAUGGGACCCUCUGGGCCCCAGGGGAGCAAAGGUGACUCAGGGAUUCCAGGUCUACCAGGCGUGGCUGGAUCUCCUGGAGCCAAAGGCGAUCAAGGACAAGCUGGAGUGCCAGGUGCUCCAGGACCUCCUGGACCAGCGGGACCUUUGGGGGCCAAGGGUGAACGUGGCAGCCCUGGCUCGGCUGGGUUACCAGGAACACCAGGAAGACCUGGGAGUCAAGGACCUGAGGGCAUGAAAGGAAGCAAGGGCGACACAGGAAUUCAAGGACAGAAGGGAACAAAAGGAGAAUCAGGAGUUCCAGGAUCUGUGGGAGCAAAGGGAGAAAAGGGAUCCCCUGGGCCAGUAGGCCUCAAAGGAGCACCUGGAGCAGUUGGCCAGAAAGGAGACACAGGAGCGAAAGGAUCUCACGGGCAGAAAGGAGAAAAAGGAGAAAGAGGUGAAAAAGGCUCACAUGCCUCAUCUGUCAGGAUUGUGGGCAGCAGUAGUAGAGGCCGGGCUGAAGUUUACCAUGGAGACGUCUGGGGAACAAUUUGCGAUGACGGCUGGGAUAACAAUGAUGCCACUGUCUUCUGCCGAAUGCUGGGUUACAGCAACGGAAAAGCUAUUGGCUCUUACGGAGGUGGCACUGGGAAGAUCUGGCUGGAUGAUGUUGCCUGCCAGGGAUCAGAGUCUUCCCUGUGGAGCUGCAACAAGAGUGCUUGGGGAACUCACAACUGUGGCCACAGUGAGGAUGCUGGUGUGGAGUGCAGCUGAUCUUGAACCCUGGAAGUCAUCACUCUGUCCCCAAGGUGGCCUUGGGCUCACACACGUGGGAAGGAAAGGACACUGUGAGGGUUCCCUGGAACUGGCCAAGCAGGCUCUGGAGAAGCUCAUUAAUAAAAAUCACAAUGCUGCCAGGCAGCAUCACUGGCAGUGGCUGAAUGUCA